UCGCGCGCAAAUCGAAGACUAUAGCCGCGCAGGAGCUAUCAUUGUUUGUUCAAGUGAUAUAAAUAUAGUCGGCAGCUUUGCACAACUUGCGACAGGAAUCCGAGACGGUUGAUACUCGGCCUCGUGGCCGCCAGAAAUAUCUUCCUAAUAUGUACAGGGAAAUCUUCGCGCUCCUGCUUGUGGGAAUUGCCAUUGUAGGCGUGGAGUCGCAAGGUCGUAAACGGCAUUGCAAAGAAAACGAAGAAUUUGUGCAGGCUUACUGGCCCCGGCAUGACGUGUUCUGCAAACCCUGGCUCGCUCUGCCCACCGAGUUGAAUAAACUACACUGGUGCGUCUGUAAGGAAGGUUAUGUCCGCAAUGCUUGGGGAACCUGCAUCAAACUGAGCGACUGCUUAAGCUGCUACCGUCAACCUUACCAGGACUUCGACCACUGCGCCUCGGAGUGUCCCAUCGUCUGCGGCCAACCCGUACCAAAGCAGUGCACGUCAAAAUGCCUCAUCGGCUGCGCUUGUGCCCCGGGUCAUGUUCGUCACCCUUGGGACAAGAGCGUAUGUGUGCCAGCCAUCCUCUGCCCACCGAAGUGCCCGCAAUUCUCGAAUUUCCAGACGUGCUCGCCGGUCUGCGAGCAAACGUGCGAUCGACCGAAACCACGUGACUGCCGCACAAAGUGCCACAACGGCAAGUGCGUCUGCUGGCCCAAGUUCGUCAAGGCGUUGUGGAAAGGCGAGGAGUACUGCGUGCCUCCCUUCCAAUGUCCAGCCGAGGAAUAAAGGCGGGCUUUACACGCGCGCAGAAAAAGAAAGUGCGUGCCAGA